AUGAAUUUCAUUAAAUUCUGGGUUUGGAGCCCGUUGUAUGUAAUGAUUUUGCUCAUUACUUACUUUGAUAUAAUGUUAAUUUAUAUUUUUAGAGAUCCAGAUACGACAGAAAAGGUAUGGUUGAUUGUGCAUCAUUUAUUAAUGUUGGUUGUCAUUUACUUAAUUUUUAAAACAAGCACUACUAAGCCAGGAACACCUACUUAUUUCUAUACCGAGGAUGACCCUUUGGUUGAUUUGCGGCCAAUUUGUAAACAUUGUUUCUUAAAGAAACCACUGCGAUGUCAUCAUUGCGAUAGUUGUGGUAAAUGUAUUUUAAGAAUGGAUCAUCAUGAGUAUUGGUUAAAUAAUUGUAUAGGGCAGAACAAUUACAAAUAUUUUUUUUGCUUGAUCUUUUAUAUGACUGUAACUUUGGAGUUUUACAUAUGCAUCUAUUUAAUUAAAAUUAUUGAAUCUCCUCCGAAUGGGGCAAUUGAUACUUACUUUAUAAUAUUCACAGUUCCUUUGAGCAUCUCAUUAAAUCUACUACUAAUCCCAACCUUAGCAAUUCAUAUUCGAUUAAUAUUAUAUAAUCAAACAUCGGUUGAGUUCUUUGAAAAGAAGCAAGAACACCACGAUAAAGGAGUAAUAGCUAAUUGCAAGGAGUUGUUGGGACCAGGAUGUUGGCUAAUUCCUAUUUGA